CAAACACAGCCGUCACGCUUUACGGCAGCGUGUCAGAAGCAGGCAGCUGAGCUGUCAGAAGGAAAUGCGCAUUGGACUGCCCAGUGCAGAGACACUGCACGGUGGAUCCUUAAAAACUUUAGUUUUGACGGCGCUCCUGAGUGUGUUUAUGUUCCAGCUGCUGAGGACUGUUGGAUUGAGGGCGUUCUCCAUGGCAUCUGAGACGUACAUGUCGGGCACUCUCUCUGCCGCCUUUGUGACCUGUCCUAACGACACAGUUGCUAAGGACUUGGCCAGGGGGAUCGUGGAACGGAAACUGGCCGCGUGCGUCAACAUCAUCCCAGCAAUCACGUCUAUAUAUGAAUGGCAGGGGAAGAUUGAGGAGGACAGUGAGGUGCUGCUGAUGAUUAAAACAAGAAGCUCCAAGGUGUCCGCUCUGGCUGAAUAUGUGCGCUCUAAUCAUCCCUAUGAAGUGGCCGAGGUCAUCAGCCUGCCCAUCGAACAGGGCAACCCUCCCUACCUCAAGUGGGUGGGCGAGGUCGUACCCGAGUAAGACUGGGCGGAUGGAGGAGAGGAAGAUUCAA